GCCAUUUAAACGCUCCUCUGUGAGUGUGAGGGCAAUGUGAGCCCAGCGAGCUGAUAUAACACAAAAACACCAGGCUGUGAGCAACAAAUGAUGUAGUAUUUUUGUGCAAAAGAAGAGGACAAUAGAAGAGAAAGCGGGGUGUUGCAUGUUGCAUUUUAAAUGGGAAAUCUGUUGGGCAGCUGGCGUCUCAAGGAGCCGAGCACCGUGGAGGAAUGCGACUCGACGUGGGGGUCAGACUCCGAGAGCGAAGAGCCGGCGGCUGAAGAGGACAGCGGCAUCUCCGACUCCAUCAGCCCGGCGGAGAGCGACCGGGCCCCGGGAGGAGACCCUGGAGAUGAGUCCCCAAAGCUGACGGACUCUCCAGAGUCUGUUCCAAAGAUGAAGAGGAGUUUCUACGCUGCCAGGGACCUCUACAAAUACCGUCAUAGCUACCCGAACUUCAGAAAGUCCCGGCAACCCAAUGAGUACCGUAACCUGCGCUUCUACCUGAACAAGAUCCCUCUAGUACCUGAUGGUAUCUAUAUAGAGGAGAUUCUGACGAAGUGGAGAGGCGACUAUGACAAACUGGAGCACAAUCACACCUACAUUCAGUGGCUGUUCCCAUUAAGAGAACAAGGGCUCAACUUCUACGCACAUGAACUGACUCAGGACGAGAUCAAAGAAUUCCAAAGCACUCGGGAAGCUAAGCGGAGAUUCCUGGCGGCCUAUUCCCUGAUGUUGGACUUCUACGGAGUCAAACUGCUGGAUAAGAGCGGGAAUGUUAGUCGGGCUCCCAACUGGCAAGAGCGCUUCCAGCACCUUAAUGAGUCCCAGCACAACUACCUGCGGAUCACUCGCAUCCUAAAGUCCCUCGGCGAGCUGGGCUACGAGGCCUUCAAGGCGCCGCUGGUCCGUCUGUUCCUGGAGGAGACGCUGUGCCACAACACCCUUCCCAACAUGCAGCACAGCGUCCUGGAGUACUUUGUCUACACCAUCCGCCUGCCGGCCACCCGCAGACGUCUACUCCGCUACGCCCGCCAGCACUACAGGCCUGCCCACGCCUUCCUCUGGGGCCCGUCACCUAAAAGGCGAGGUGGUGGUGGUGGUGGUGAUAUCGGAGGUGGUGUAGGCGCUGGAAGCAGUGGGAUCAGAGCACCUGCUCCAACACCAGAGCACCAGAGGAGGGGGGAGGAGAGCAACACCUCCCCAUCUGCAAGUAGCGGGAUUAUUGUGUCUUCCCAUGAUGCCGUGACGUGCCAGGACCUGGCUGGAGGAGGGCUGAAGGGCUGCAUGGGGCUCGGCUCUAAUAUGGCGGGACUGGAGGGAGCGCUGAUGAUGGCGGGAGCUAGAGGAGAGAGGAACGAGUACAGUGAGAUUGUUCCUUUGUAGGGGAUAGGGUUUGAUGUUUUUUAAAUUAACCGGUUCAAUAUUUAAAGAGAAAAAAAAUAAUUGUUUAAACUCGAACGUUAUUCUUAGCAGAGUUAAGAAGCUUCUGGACGCUGAACCUUACGGCCAAGAAGACAGUAAUAGUAAAACUCAUUCAUACAGUCGUGUCAUUAGAGGCAAUUCAGGUUAAGGGCUUAUCAUAAACAACUAUGAUGUUAUUUCUUCAGUUUAACUGUACUGAAUAUGGGGUGGGACUGAGGUGUUUGCGAAAGUGGGAGGUCAUAUCCUGAGCCAAGCUUAACAAACUCGCCUUGGACCAAAUCCCAAAAUCAUUUAAACCAGUAGAGACCCAAAAGGGUGUUACAACUCUUUUCCUCAUCAGGGCUAUGAUUAUAAAAUAACUUUAACAGCCUUAUAAUAGGAUGUUUUGGUCUGGAACUGUGGCAGAGGUGAAAUAUGGUUUACUGAUAAUGAAGACUGUUUUAGAGCUGAAAAGGUGCUGAUUGGCAUGUUGGUCUGCUGUAGCUGGAGCUCCACUCCAACAAGCUGGACUGAGCUCACUUUAUUCAGCUGCUGUAAAGUGAAAAUUAUAACGUGAAGAGGGAGAUCAGGGAGAAUUUUUUUUAACAAAUCCUGUGAAAAGGACAUAAAGAACACAAGAGAGGAAGAGUGACAAAGGCUGUAGUGGGCUAAUUUGUCUUAGCAAUACUUUGAAACCAUAAUGUUUUUUUAGAUUGACUUGAAAUCCUCAGUUUGUUGUUGAUAAUAGCAGGCACAACUCAAUAUUUAUCUGCUCUGCAAUUUUACUGUCUACAAGUUACAAAGUAGCCGCUCCCCCUCCGAAAAUUGUACAUAACUAUAGAGCAAAAAACAAGACUUGUUUGUGACUAGGAAAAAGUUAUGAAUAGAGGGGCUUUUUAGUGACAUUACUACUCUUCUGUAAACUGACCGGCACCAUGGAGGUCCACUGGAAAAAUGUCUAUGUGCAAAUGAUGGCUAAAUAUAGUAUCUAACUAAAAGGACACUUGGAGAGGGAAGACCUCCACCAAGGCCAAAUGACCAAUCUCGCAAAAGUGAAAAAUUAUUUGUGUAACUGUCCUGUGAUUCGGAUCCGCUACAAAACAAAAACAGCCUUCCGCCCAGUUUCAUGGAAAUCGGGCCAGUAGUUUUUCCGUAAUCUCGCUGACAAACAGACAAACCAAACUAAAAACAUAACCUCCUUGGCGGAGGAAACAAUAGUUCAAGAUCCCUGCUGCUGUUUCAAAGCAAAGGGUGAAGUGUCGAUAGAUCUGUUUCAAAUUGAAGGUUACUCUCUCGUAAACGCUCUCUUUCUUCACUUCAAUUUUUAAUAAACUAGAAUGGGUUAUGCUUUCCGCAAGGACGGUCACACGGAUAUGAGCUGACGUGGAAUCGGGAUGAGGAAACGUUUGGAUCUUUUAUACUCCUUGCAGGUUUCUCCGGGGAUUUUGUGUCAGGAUGAUUAUUCGUUCAGCACAUAGCUGAUUUUUUCUAUUUUGCGUUAAAGUGAACCACAAUAGUGUAGUUUACCGAGGCCAAAAGGGCAUGCAAUAGAUGUACUGGAGUACAUCUACGGUCUGCUGCGACCAUGAAUAUUGAAUUCUGACGGAUCAUUAGGGAUUACAUAUUUAAUUUUGUCCACCUUCAAAUGGUAGUUCAAAUUUCAAAUAAAAGGUGUCAUUCGUACUGUGGUUACAUGGCUAUCACGUGGACGUGUAUCAUUAAUGAAAUGGUGAAUUGGUGGUGAAAAACAACACAGAACCAUGCUUUACUCAUCUUGCCAAUAGCAGAAAACCUCCAUUAUGGCUGCCUCAGAGUGUGUUGUGUCACCUAAAAGCCCUCUAUAUUAACUAAAAGUGAUUGGAUGUGGACAGUUAAUGUGAUCAAACAGGUGAUGUGUGGUGUGUUGCACUUUUUUGACAAUCUGUGUCUUCCUGUUGAGAGCGCUGUAGGUUUCUCCAGAUCAUUUAUUUAGAAACAGAUCUAUAUAUAAUCUACAAAAGGUCAGGAUCUUGCCUCGUCAUGGAAAUGACUGAUUGUUCUCAUAUUGUCUAAACUUACAAUAAUUUGGCAGUAAUCAUUUUAUUUUCAACCAGGCGACACAUAGGUGGUGAUGCUGUUGGCUUUAUCCCUCUGAAUAUGGCAGUUAAAAGUUUAUAAGUGUGUUCAGCGGAUGGUUUUUUUUUUCAGAUUUUUAACGUCUUCAAAUUUGUUCGUUUACAUUUUAAAAAAAAGUAUGGAACCCCGAGAGGCCAGUGAGGAAAAACAAUUUUGGUGAUUCACUCUCUUAGUCUGAUCUAAAUUAAUUUCUCUCCUGUGUUUAUGACUUAAGAACAUGUAAAAAAAAAAGGGUUUUGCCAGGAUAAUCUUUCUAAGUUCCACAAUUUUUUUCCCAUCUGUGAAACAGGUGGGGAAAAAAAUAUAUAUUGCCAGGUUAAAAAAAACGUUUUGCCAAGAUAAUUUUUCUAGGUACGUUUUUUUAUGAUGGCGCAUUAGGGCAAUUGUAGGUAAAUCUAAAAAAAAAAAAAAUGUUCUCCUAAAUUUAUUACUUUAAUCUCAGAAUUUGUUUUCUGAAGAGUUUUGUUUCUCUGAAUAUUGCCCGGAUCCAUAAUUAAUUUAUUGUCUUUUUUAACCUAUAAUGGUGUUAAUACUCGUCGUAUUUUUUUCAUCUGUGAAAACAGGUGAAAAAAUUAUAUUUCUUGCUGAAGUGCACCAUUACAACAUGUUCUAAAUAAGACUGAACGUAUUCAUGUUUUCAUCCAGCUGAGUUUUAAUUUACAUACCGUGCUAAUAAUAAGAUAAUAUGUACCUUGUGUUUAGAGUGUAUCGAGAAAUUUAAACUCACCCGGAAGAGUAUUACAACACUUUGAAAAAUGAUUUUGACAAAAGAAAAAAAAAAUUCUCACCCAUUUUCACAGAUGAAAAAAGUACGAAAAAUUAUCCACCUGGGAAAACUUUUUUCCCCCGCAUGUUUCACAGACGAAAAGGGAACUUUAUCCUGGCAAAAACUAUUUUUUUCAGACAUAAACACAGGAGAAAAAACUAUUUUGAUCUGACUUAGCAAAUGAAUCACCAGAAAUUCUUUUAUCCAGUUGCCUCACAAAAAACACCCCACAAAAAUAUUAUUUCCCACCUAAAGCUGUAGUCUGAUGGGGGUGUAGAAGUCAGGUGUAUUAAAUUAGCAUGUAGAACGCUACAGUAACUCUCCACUGAUAGACUAAUAAUUUUAGGGUUACCAGCUGCUCGAGGAAGUGAAGGAGAUAUUACUCUCACCUCUGAGAUUUUGUUAAGAAACAUAUCAUCACCCUCAUCAUCAGAGGUUGACAGCAUCACCUUGCUUGUGUUUGGUUUUUAAUUAAAAAAGGGACAAUAUUAGCUUAACACAUCAGGAAGUGUGUAUUGGUCUGUCUAGUCUGCCGAUAGGGACUCGGCAGAACCGACAAGUUAAGGCAAUUUUGUUCUCAGUUCCUUGUUGCAAUAGAUGGAUAUCUGUGAAAUUAAAAAGCCAUGUGAGGUGUAAGACAGCAGUAAUGCUUAUGAUCCGGUUUGAAACACUCCGUCCUGACUUCCUGUCAGCUGUUCUUCCUGUAGGAUAAGGCCUUUGUUUUUCAUUAGCCGACAAGGUCUCUACAUCGCUACCCAGCCAAGUGUAUCUGAUAUAAUUGUAAAAAUAACUUUUCAGGUGAAUUGUGUGACAACAUGGGCUCAAGUAUCUGAUUUUUUAGUAUACUGUAUGUGUACAUAUAUACGUGUGAGUGUGUAUCUGAUAUUCUUAAGUGCCUUUUUUGUAUUUUUUAUGUUUAUCGGUAUGCUGUAAGGAAUGUCUUUCCCAACUGAUUUCCUGUACAUCCUGUUUUUUGAACAGCAUUUUGAUAUUUACAUUAUUGUUUGCAUUAUAGUCAUAUACAGUAUGAGUAUUAAUGUACAGUAACAGCAGGAAUAAAUCCCAUAAGAAUUGGUGUAGAGGAGAGGUUAAUAAUAUAUAAUACUUGAAAUUGUUUGUAUCUGGCUUAUUGAUUAAAAUGUGAUUGUUCCAUAGAUGAAUAUUCACUAUGCUUGAUGGGCCACAAUAACUGGACAUUUGCCCGAAAAUGUGAAAUUUGCCACACUUAACUCAAAUAAAAAUGGGAUGUGGAUUAAUAA